UUAAGCACCGUGUCCCAUUGACAGGACGGCGACAAAACCGAGCAGCGUGUUCCACCGCGUCUCUGAACUCCACCACCGUCAAAGUGGACCGGUGAUGACUUGGAGCUCGCGGAUUCUGGACUUCAGAGACUAAAGGGAUGCGCACCUCCAGGAGGUCACCGUUUGGACAAGUAUGAGACCUGUGGCGCACAUGGAUGAAGGACCAGCAGAUAUUCAGUUGAUCCCAGUGUGGAUGUAGCUCCAUAUAUAUUCCACUUCUACACUACCAGCAGGCCUGGCCCAGUUCAGCCCCACAUGGAUGGAUCCCGCUGUAGGAGCUGUACUCAUGGAAUACAAAGCCCGUGCUGGUGAGCAUGCCUGCCUGUCCGAGUCCACUCCUCUCCGGGAGCCUCUCCACAGCUCUCUCCCCUCUCCACUCGGACAUCCCCUGGUCGCUUCAAGCCCCCUCAACAUGAGGACGACUGCUCGGUGAUUCUGUGCCUCUGCACGCCUGCACGGACCGGAGACCCCUAUAUUUGGAUCGUGCUUUUUUUUUGGCUACACACGCAGGAUUUAUCUGAGCCGUGGGCUUCCUUUGUGUCAAAGGGCUUAACGCAGAGUGCGCGGACGGCAACAGAGCGGGGGCUUUGCUUCACCCGCUGUUGCGUCCAGCUGCUCUCUUUGUGGCCGGGCCGUGAUGGCAGCCGGCCGGCCGGAGGCGCAGGACCACCCGCCCGAGAACGGCUUCACCCCGCUGGAGCACCCGGUGCCCCGGCUGCUUCCGCACAUCGACGGCUCGGUUCUGCCGUCUCUGGGGGGCUUUGGGAAACAUCAGAAGCAGCUCGUGGUCCUGACCUGGAUACCGGCAUUGUUCAUCGGCUUUAGCCAGUUUUCGGAUUAUUUCCUCCUGGCUCAGCCUAAUGGCACGUGCGUGCAACCCCUCACCAACGAGAGUAACUGGACCACGGCACCCCCGCCGGUAACCGUCCCCGGUGGCGCACCCGCGCUGCAACCCAAAGGCAACGGCACCAUCAGGGAGGGAUACGGCGACGACAGCGGCGGUAUGCUGUGCGCCUGCAAGGAGUGGAGGCUGGAGCUGCAGACGGGACUUAGCCAGAAUGUUGUUACCAAGUGGAACCUGGUGUGUGACUCAGCCUGGAAGGUGCACAUUGCCAAGUUCUCUUUGCUGGUGGGCUCCAUAUUUGGCUACCUAGUGAUGGGUGUCAUGGCUGACUGGUUUGGUCGACACCCGGUGUUGAUUCUCUCGGUGCUUUUCAUGCUGGUGUUUGGUCUGAGCGUUGCCUUCUCUGUAAACGUCACCAUGUUCAGCACCUUGCGCUUCUUUGAGGGUUUCUGCUUGGCGGGCCUCGCUCUCUCCCUCUACGUGCUCAGGAUUGAGCUUUGUUUGCCAGCCUGGCGCUUCUCCAUGACCAUGGUGGCCAGUUUUCUGAUGGUGGGCGGGCAGCUACUGAUGCCAGGGGUGGCCGCUUUGUGCCGCAAUUGGCCGGGCCGGGAUGACUGGCAGGUCCUGCAGAUUGUCAUUAUCAGCCCUUUCGUUUUGAUGCUGCCCUACGUCUGGCUUUUCCCCGAGUCGUUGCGCUGGUUGCUGGCCACCCAGCACUACAGGCGGUCCAAAGCCAUGAUGCUGCACAUCGCCAGGAAGAACCAGGUUAACACGACAACCGAGCCGAGUGGAGUGUUUACAGAGCUGGAGCAGGAGCUGCACAAGAAACCCCAGAGGACCUGCAUUGUCAAGAUGAUGAGCACCAGGAACCUGUGGAAAAACAUCGUGGUGCUGUGCGUCAACUCGCUGACAGGUUAUGGGAUCCACCACUGCUUCGCCCGCAGUAUGAUGGACCCGGAGGCCCAGCCCACAGCUUUGUGCCACGCGGACUAUUACACCAUGGCUGGCAUCGCCGUGGCAACCUGCCUGGCGCUUUGCCCCGCGGUGGGGUUGAUGGGUCGCCGUGGAGGGCUGCUCACCUUCAUGAUCAUAACAGCCCUGGCAUCGCUACUACAGCUGGGGUUACUCAACUUGAUUGGGAAGUACAGCCUUCGCCAUGACAUAGUUCUGCGAGACACUCUGAACAGGAAAUUCUCAGUGGCCUUCUCCAUCAUCGGCAUGUUCUCCUCCCACGCAGUCAGCACACUCAGCAUAUUCUUUUGUGCUGAAAUCACUCCUACUGUCAUCAGGGGUGGAGGGCUGGGCCUGGUCCUGGCCAGCGCCGGCUUCGGCAUGCUCACCGCGCCCAUCAUGGAGCUCCACAACCAGAAGGGCUACUUCCUGCACCACGUGAUCUUCGCCUGCUGCACCCUGCUGUGCAUCAUCUGCCUGCUGCUGCUGCCCGAGCCGCGGGGCCAGCCGCUGCCGGAGAGCCUGGCUGACGGAGAGACCUUCACCCGUCAGACGCUGCUCCAUCCAGGAGAGCAGCACCUCCUUCUCGCCAAGACUGACGGCGACUACUCCCGCGUCCACGACACGCCGCUGCACCUCACGACCACUGGGGGCGCGACAGUGGCGGCGGCGACCGCUCUGGCAGCGGUGCCUGCCUCGUACGCCCUGGCCACCGGCGGGGAGGUGAUUGGAAACCAUGCCAUAGCCAAUGGGGUGUGAACACCAUAGCAAUAAUCUACUACCGUGCUAAUUAUUGCUCAAGAAUUUUAACCUGAACAGAAUGGUCAAUGAACCUCUGCAAAAAAAAAUAAAAUAAUAAACUUUGAAGGGGGAAUCUUUCGGAUGAACCAGAUGAACUCAUUUAACGCCGAGGUUCGGGAUGGUGACGAUAAUUCAUUUGUGUAGUUUGUAGUGAAUAUGAUUCAUUCAGGAGUUGCCAAAAAUAUUGUACUUGACUAAGUUUAUCCGAAGUCAGCGUGUGUUAAAUAAUAUGAAAGUCUUCGGUGGCGUUGGUGAUUUUCUUGCACUGCCGUCCGCUCCGUCGAGAACGAUUUGCAGGUGAAAGAUGCAGGCAAGUGAGGAGGGAGAGGAGAGCAGACUGGCUUUGAAUAACGUGUGCUCUGUGAGUUUUCGGUUUGUAGUUUUGACUUGUUGAGAGAGGAUUUCACUGCAUCUUCUAAGUUAUUUUGCACUAAAUGUCAGAGACACAAUCAAAGUGCUUGUGAUUUUCAGCCAACACGGAGUUCCAGGGAUUUGGCUAAACCACUACCACUCUUUUUUUUUUUUUGCAUGAAAGGGCACAAAUACUUUUACAUGUAUUUUCUUCCUUUUUGUGGUCCCUCUGCUAGAAGUCCAAUGUGGCACUUUAUCCUCAGAGAUGAGGUUAGUGUAGACGCUGAUUUUCUUUUUUAAAGGAAAGCAUUCCUGCUACUAGUGUGGGUGCAUGAUGGUUGUCUGAUGCGAUGAACAGCCGGAGACCUUGGCAGACUGUACGUGUAGCCUGCAGAGACUGGGGUGGGGGGGGUAAUGCUGAACAAAUCCGAGAGUUGAACGGACAGUGAUGUCCUAUGACGCAUCUCGGGAUUUAAAAUGACUUUAUCGCAACGGCUCUGUUCUUUUUAACAAAACACAGAAUGUAAUUCAAGGAAAUCAGUAUUUAUUUUGUCAUGCUGCCGAAGGGCAAUUUUGUUGCUUGAAAUACCUCCUUAAUUAGCAAAUAUUUCCACUCCAACUCUCACUUCCUUAUUCUCUGUACUGUGGUAAUGUUGUAAUCCUGCUCCUAGGAUGUGUAACUCUAGCCGAAAAGCACAAUAUUUUUUGGAAAUAAACGUUUGUGAAGAUUAGAAUAGAGCAGCGUAGUCUGCGCAGACCUGGCCUAGUUGUGAUUAGCGUACAUUUAUACACUUUACUACGUACGUUUCCCUUAGGACUGCAUAAAAAACGUAAGGUAUGUAUCCAUGUACCAUUCAUUCAUAGGAUGAUAAGCACAUUGAAUAGAUAACACAUCCCAUUUUUCAUUCAUAUAUACCUGAAUCCAAACAUCCUACAUUUUUAAAAAUCAUAUUUAGUACACAGCACGUAUUUUGAACACCCUGUAUGGUUUACUAGUUUGUAUGUUUUCAACAGUUAAAACACUUGGAGGAAAAAAAAUUCCCACUAAUGCCGUUUUCUAUUUUUUUAAUAUGAUGCAUUUGUACAAAAAGCCAUAGGCCUCUACAUGUUUUGAUAAUAAACCACUUAAUUUAUUAUGUCAAUAAAAGAACACGUUGAUGUGA